ACCACCGCCUCCAUCGAGAUGGUCAUCGCAGCCAAUCAUGGCGGCGACCGCGCCAUUGCUGCGAACGAAGUGGUCCAAGUGGAGGUGGUGGAGACGGAGGACGAGCUGCAGCAGAGGCAGCUCGUCGUCGGCGAUGACGACGACGACCUGGAAGGAGGCCAGGCGGAGAAGGAACGACGACGAGUACCAGAUCAGGACGACGCGUCUACCGCGUGGUGCUCCGCGGCGGGCAGCUUCAGGACGAGCACGAGCCUCGCCGCCGGGGAGAGCGCUGACGGCGAGGUGGACCUGAAGUGGGCGGCCGUCGAGAGGCUGCCCACCGCCGACCGGCUGCGGAUGUCGCUCCUCCCCGCUCGCAGCGCCGCCGCCGUCCCCGCCGGAGCAGCGCCGCGGGAGUUCGAGGUGGUGGACGUGCGGAGGCUGGGGGCGGUGCAGAGGCGGGCGGUGGUGCAAAGCCUCGUCGCCGACGUGGAACGCGACCAUGUCCGGCUGCUCAAGAAGCAACGGGAGAGAAUGGACAGGGUGGGCGUCCGGCCGCCGACGGUGGAGGUGCGGUGGCGCGACGUGUGCGUGGAGGCGGAAUGCCAGGUGGUCGCCGGCAAGCCACUCCCCACGCUCUGGAACUCCGCGCUCUCCAAAUUCUCGCUGCUCGCGGCCAGGCUGGGGUUCAGCCAUCACCAGUCGAAGGUCCAGAUCCUAAAAAAUGUCAGUGGAAUCAUCAAGCCGUCCAGGCUCACUCUUCUCCUUGGACCCCCAGGGUGCGGCAAAACUACACUCUUGAAAGCACUCGCUGGAAAGCUCAGCAAAAGCCUCACGGUAACUGGAGAAAUUGAGUAUAAUGGCGUGAAGCUAGAACAAUUUGUUCCAGAAAAAACGUCAGCUUAUGUAAGUCAGUAUAACCUUCAUGUCUCUGAGAUGACUGUGAGGGAGACACUCGACUUCUCAGCAAGAUUUCAAGGUGUUGGCAGCAGGGCAGAAAUGAUGAAGGAAGUGAUCAGAAGGGAGAAGGCGGCUGGCAUUACCCCUGAUCCUGACGUAGAUACAUAUAUGAAGGCAGUAUCAAUGGAAGGUUUAGAAAGGAGCAUUCAAACAGAAUAUAUUAUGAAGAUCAUGGGACUUGACAAAUGCGCUGACACAAUAGUGGGAGAUUCUAUGAGAAGAGGUAUUUCAGGUGGUGAGAUGAAGAGACUUACCACAGGGGAGAUGAUAGUAGGACCAUGUAAAGUGCUCUUAAUGGAUGAAAUAUCAACAGGGUUGGAUAGCUCUACAACCUUCCAAAUUGUUUCUUGUCUCCAACAGCUAGCACAUAUCUCAGAUUACACCAUACUGGUUUCACUUCUUCAACCAUCCCCUGAAACUUAUGAUCUUUUUGAUGAUAUUAUCUUUAUGGCAGAAGGAAAAAUUUUGUGUCAUGGCUCAAAAAGUUUCAUUAUGAAUUUUUUUGAAUCAUGUGGGUUCAAGUGCCCUGCAAGAAAAGGAGUCGCUGACUUUCUUCAAGAGGUUUUGUCAAAAAAAGAUCAACAACAAUACUGGAGUCAUAGCGAAAAAAGAUACAGUUUCAUGACCGUCGACCAGUUCUGUGAUAAAUUUAAAGCAUCUCAAGUUGGUGAGAAUCUUGCUGAGGAUCUUUCUAAGCCAUAUGAUACAUCAAAAGGGCAGGAGAAUGUCUUGUCCUGCAGCAUCUACUCACUGUCCAAGUGGCAUCUCCUCAAGGCUUGUUUUGACAGAGAGCUUCUUCUGAUGAAAAGGAAUGCUUACGUUUACAUAACUAAAGCUGUUCAGCUUGGACUACUUGCGGUUAUUGCUGGGACAGUAUUUCUGCACACAGAUAUGAAUUUCGAUAUAAUUAAUGCUAACUACUACAUGGGUUCACUCUUCUAUGCACUGAUCCUGCUAAUGAUGAAUGGAUUCCCCGAAUUGGCCAUGGCAAUUAGUAGACUGCCAGUCUUUUACAAACAGAGAGAUCACUACUUAUAUCCUGGAUGGGCUUAUGCAAUACCAGCUUUUUUCCUAAAAGUUCCAGUCUCUUUAGUUGAGUCAAUAGCUUGGACAUCAAUAUCUUAUUAUCUCAUUGGAUAUACUCCAGAAACGCCCAGAUUUUUCCGUCAGCUCCUCGUCCUCUUCCUCAUCCACACAGGAGCAUUGUCAUUGUUCCGAUGUGUUGCUUCAUACUGCCAAACAAUGGUGGCUGGUUCAGUUGGUGGUACAAUCUCAUCUCUAGUCAUCCUUCUAUUUGGCGGCUUCCUCAUUCCUCGAUCAUCAAUGCCUUAUUGGCUAAAAUGGGGGUUCUGGUUCUCUCCAUUGUCGUAUGCUGAGAUAGGUUUAACUGGAAAUGAGUUUUUGGCACCAAGAUGGCUGAAGGUCACAAUGUCUGGUGUAACAAUUGGGAGGAGGGUACUAACUGAUCGUGGAUUAGACUUCCCUGACUACUUUUACUGGAUUGCGGUUGCUGCAUUGGUUGGGUUUAUUUUAUUAUUCAAUAUAGGUUUUGCCAUCGGUUUGACCAUAAAACAAUCUGGAACUUCUCAGGCUAUUAUUUCUCAUGAUAAGGUAAACAUGUUACAUGGCAGAGACCAAAAUAUGACCAAGGAUGUCAAGAUUGGGAUGAGGAAGAUCGCGUUACCUUUCACACCCCUUACACUGUCGUUUCAAAAUGUGAACUACUACGUUCAUGCUCCUCCGGAAAUGAGGGAGAAAGGUUCCAUGGGGAACAAACUACAACUACUCCAUAACAUCACAGGGGCAUUCCAGCCAGGUGUCUUGUCAGCACUAAUGGGGGUUACUGGAGCAGGGAAAACAACCCUCCUUGAUGUUCUUGCUGGAAGAAAAACUGGGGGAGUUAUUGAAGGAGACAUAAGAAUAGGAGGUUAUCCUAAAUUUCAAAAAACUUUUUCUAGGAUAUCUGGCUAUUGUGAACAGAAUGAUGUCCAUUCCCCACAAAUCACAGUGGGAGAGUCUUUAGCAUAUUCGGCCUGGCUACGCCUUCCAGUAGAAAUUGACACAGAAACUCGAAAAGAAUUUGUGAAUGAAGUUCUCCAAAUAAUCGAGUUAGAUGAAAUUAGAGAUGCUUUGGUUGGAAUACCUGGGGUAAAUGGUUUAUCUACAGAGCAACGAAAACGGCUCACAAUUGCAGUUGAACUUGUGUCAAACCCUUCAAUUGUAUUCAUGGAUGAGCCGACAUCAGGUUUGGAUGCAAGAGCAGCUGCUAUUGCCAUGCGUGCAGUUAAGAAUGUGGCAUGCACAGGUCGAACUGUUGUUUGCACGAUUCACCAACCAAGUAUUGAAAUAUUUGAAGCAUUUGAUGAGUUGAUGCUGAUGAAAAGAGGUGGAAAGUUGAUUUAUGCUGGGCCACUUGGACAACAUUCGCAUAAGGUCAUCCGAUAUUUUCAGUCAAUACCUGGAAUACCCAAGAUCAAGGAGAACUACAAUCCAUCAACAUGGGUGCUAGAAGUUACUUCCACGUCUUCAGAAGCUCAACUCGGAGUAGAUUUUGCACAAAUUUACAUGGAAUCAUCAAUGUGCAAGGACAAGCACAUGCUGGUAAAGGGCUUGAGCAUGCCACCUCCAGGUACAAGCGAUCUCCAUUUCCCAACACGAUAUCCGCAGAAGUUCUGGGAGCAGUUCAAAGCUUGCCUAUGGAAGCAGUGCCUGUCACAUUGGAGAACCCCUUCAUAUAACCUGGUGCGGAUCGUCUUCAUGGCAGUUUCUAGCAUCAUCUAUGGAGUGCUGUACUGGCAGCAAGGCAGCAUCAAGAACAUAAAUAACCAGCAAGGUCUCUUCACCAUACUGGGAUGCAUGUAUGGCACCACCCUCUUCAUUGGUAUCAACAACUGCCAGUCAGUGAUGCCAUUCAUCGCAAUUGAGCGCUCUGUUGUAUACCGGGAAAGGUUUGCUGGAAUGUAUUCGCCUUGGGCUUACUCCUUUGCACAGAUAGCUAUGGAGGUUCCCUAUGUGUUGGUGCAGUUAGUCCUGUUCAUGUCGAUAGCAUACCCGAUGAUAGGGUAUGCAUGGACAGGGGUGAAGUUCUUCUGGUUCUUCUACACCAUGUUCUUCACUCUGCUCUACUUCCUCUACAUUGGAAUGCUGCUGGUGUCGAUCACCCCCAACGUCCAGGUGGCCUCAAUAUUUGCGUCCAUGUUCUACACAACACAGAACCUCAUUUCUGGCUUCAUCGUACCUCCUCCACGUAUACCAAUAUGGUGGAAGUGGCUGUACUACAUCUCCCCAAUGUCAUGGACGCUGAAUCUCUUCUUCACCACCCAGUUCGGAUCUGACGAUGGCGGCAAGAUCCUCGUAUUUGGAGAGACAAAACCUAUCGCAGAGUUCGUGAGGGACUACUUUGGCUUCCACCGAGAGCUGCUGCCACUGGCUGCCAUACUGUUGGCGGCCUUCCCUGUCAUCUUUGCCAUCCUCUUCGGUUUCAGCAUCUCAAGACUCAACUUCCAAAAGAGAUAGGCAGAUAUUUACCCUAUAUCUUGAAGAUUAGUAUUGAGAUUACAUGCAUUACAAUUCUAGUAACUAUUUUAUAGAUUUGGUGCACCUUUGGACACUGCAGUCUCCAGUGUGCAACUUUGACACAAUCAGAUAAGUGGGUAAUGAAAGGUUGUAAUGUUGUGAAAGCAUUUUUUUUAUAUCAACUCUCUCUACAUGGAUGAAACUUUUUGUCUUAUCACAUUGCAACCACUUUUAAGAAAUCCAUUCAUGUGUUUAUGUUUUUUGCGUUUGCAAAUUUAUUGACAA